CGAUAAGGAAACGUCACGUGGCCAACUUCGCACGCACGGCUAGUAGCGCUCGCCUCGUGCUGGGAAGAAGCUAGCGCACACUCACUGCCCAUUUCAAAAACAUCCUUCGACUCCCGGUCGAUCCAUCGAUCGUAUCUCCCUCCCACGCUAUAUAUAACGCGAGCUCACGCCUCGCCAUUAGUGCUCUCCCCUGCUUCGAGAUACACCAGGGGUCCGUGCGCCCGUGAGUAGUCCAACCGGCGGCCUAGCUAGCUAGCGAUGGAUCAUGGCGGCGGCGGCGGCGGCAGGAGCAGCAGCCGGCUCCGGGACCGGCUGGCCCGAAUGUUCCGGCCGGGCUCGCUGCUCCGCUCCACCUGCAACAACAACACCGCGUCCGCAUCAACUUCCUCCUCCUCGUCGUGCUCUGCCGCCGCGGACACGGGCACGGGCUCGGCAUCGGCCGCGUCGAAGCUCGCCCCGCCGAGCUCGGCCUGCUCCUCCAGCAGGGCGCUCCUGGCCGCCGACUCCGCCGUGGCCCGCGACAGGGAUUACUCCUUCCUCGCCUCUUCCCGCCGCGACUUCGCCUACGCCACCGCCGCCGUCGGCCGCACCGAGUCCUUCUCCCACGCCCUGGACCGCGUCCACCGCCGCGCGGCCGCCGCAGCAGUCAAUCCCCUGCCUCCCACCCGCUUCUCCGUGGACGCCUCGCCUCUGAAGAAGGAGAAACAGAAGAGCCCGAGCCCGAGCCCGCUGUACGGUCAUCAGCAGCAGCACGACCGCCGCCGCCUGGGCACGGGCCGGGCCAAGAGCGACAAGAGCAAGAAGCUGCUCUCCAACAACCCCUACGGCUUCAGCACCUCGGAAGACGACGCCCACACCGACGGCGACGACGUGUUCAGCAGCGACGACUUGGACGAGCGCCGCUCCUCCAAGAAGCAGCAGCAGCAGCAGCAAGGGGAGGCGGCCUUCUUCUCCUCCUCCAGGAGCUUCUCCUUCUCCUCCGACUCCUCCGAGUUCUACACGACGAAGCACAACAGCAAGAAGCCCAAGCCCAAGAAGAAGAAGAGCAAGUCCUCUGCUUCCGUGGCGCCCAAACCCGCGCCGCCGCAGCCCGCGGCAAGGGGGAGGCCUCGCAAGCACUACCGCGCGGCGAGCAGCUGCGACACGUGCGGCGUGAGGGAAGGAGGGUUCCGGCCCGUGGUGAUGUCGGCGGCGGAGGAGCAGGUGCGCAGGGGCUUCGCGGUGGUGCAGCGGUCGCGGGACCCCUACGCCGACUUCCGGGCCUCCAUGGUGGAGAUGGUCGUGGGCCGGCAGCUCUUCGGCGCCGCGGAGCUGGAGCGCCUGCUCCGCUCCUACCUCUCGCUCAACGCGCCGCGCCACCACCCCGUCAUCCUCCAGGCCUUCUCCGACAUCUGGCUCGUCCUCCACGGCGGCUAGCUAGAACUAGAAACCAGAGCUAGCUCAAUCCUGUUCCAGGACGCCUAAUUAUCUAGGACUAUCUUAAAUUGAUUGUGCGCAGUGUUCAUGCUUAAUUAGCUCGAAUUAUCUUCAUCAAUUCGAUGUUGGUUUUAAUCUUUGGAUGGUUGGUUGGUUGUGAGUGGUUGUGCAGUUUCUGCUGUAAUGUUCCUCUGCUGCUUUUGGCCUCUGACCCGGUGUGCUAAAGCUAGCUUCUGAUUUGGAAUUGGAUUCGGAUUUUGACCGGA